AUGCAGCUAGCAGGUGUAAAGCCAGACUCGACAACCUUUUCCAGCCUCCUCCCAGCGUGUGCCAAAAUGGGAGCUUUAGAACAGGGUAUGAACCUCCAUCAAGACAUAAUUGAAAGAGGAUUGUGGUCAGAUGUCUCAGUUGCCAACGCCCUUAUAGACAUGUAUGCAAAAUUUGGAAGGAUACACAAGUCAUCUGAAAUAUUUGACAAAAUACUUCAAAGGGACAUGGUCGCGUGGAAUUCAAUGAUUGGAGGAUAUGCACAAAAUGGGUUUUUUGAAAAGGCUAUGGAAACCUUUAAUCAAAUGCUAUUGGCCGAUAUAAUGCCAGACUUCACAACCUUUGCCAGCAUCCUACCAGCCUGUCCAAAAAUGGAAGCUUUACAACUGGGAAUGAACCUUUAUCAAAGCAUAAUCAAAAGUGGAUUUCUACUGCCUCAAAGAGAUGCCAUCUCAUGGAACGCCAUGGUUGCGGGAUAUGCACAAAAUGGGGUAUUUGAAAAGGCUUUGGAAACAUUUAAGAAAAUGUUGUUGGCAGAUGUAAAGCUAAACUCCACAACCUUUGCCAGCAUCCUACCAGCCUGCACAAAAAUAGGAGCUUUAAAGCAGAGUAUGGGCAUACAUCAAUUCAUAAUCAAAAGCGGAUUUUCUUCAGAUGUUGUAGUGACCAAUGCCUUGAUAGACGUGUAUGCAAAAUGUGGAAACAUACACGGGGUACGUGAAGAGUUUGACAAAAUGCUUGAAAAAGAUGUCAUCUCAUGGAAUGCCCUGGUUUUAGGAUAUGCACAAAAUGGAUUUUGCAAUGAUGCUCUCAAACUCUUUGAACAAAUGCAGCACUUUGGAACACACCCUGGCCAUGUAAGCUUCGCUUGUGUUUUGUUUGCAUGCAGCCAUGCAGGUUUAGUGGAUGAGGACUGUAAAUACUUCAAUAGUAUGAGUGACUCUUACUACAUUAUACCUAAAACAAAUCACUAUGUGUGCAUACUGCAUGGUCGACCUUCUUAG